AUGCUUGGUAGGAGAUCUCUAAACCAUGAUUUGAUUUCAUUAGAGUCUGCUCCUACCUUUAAAACUUCUAAAAGCUCUAAACCUACUAGAAUAGAUAAUCUGAGUGAAAAUCUUGAUCAAGUUAAUGAAGUGCCUAAGUCUUUGAAUGAAUAUUUUAAUCCAUCUAGUGGCAUUGAACUUUUUGAAAAUCUUAUUUGCAUGUAUGAUAUUAACCCAGGUGUUUUUCAGAUUUUACCAAAUUUAAAUGAAAACACUUAUGAUCAUUUGCAAGAGUUUCUGAAAAUAUGUGCAAUUAUAUAAAGGGUGUAGAUGAUUCCUUGAAAAUUACUCUAUUUCCAUUCUCACUUAAGGAAGAAGCAAGUAACUGGAUUUCCACUCUUAAAUUGAGAAAUAUUACAUGGUCUAAAUUGGUUUAGAAAUUUCUUAGAAAUCUUUAUCCUCAUGGAAAAACUUCUAGAAGAAUUGAGUGAAAAUUCUUAUAAUUAUACCUCUUCGGAUUUUGAUAGAACUAAUCCUCCCUUGAAAAUAAUGAUGUUUAUGAAUUGAUCAAGCAUACAGAUAAGGAUUUGAAGAAUGAAAUCAAUGAAAUCAACAAGAAGUUGGAGAAACUACUCUCUUCUCAAGGUACACAAAACCUAAAACCCCAACUUUGAAAAUUUUAGUUUGUUCUUUUUGUAUUAGCAUUGGUCAUGAUGAGAAUACUUGUCCUACAUUUCUACAAUAUAUAAAUCUUGGUCAUGAGCAUGUCAAUGAAUUUUCAAAACCUAAUUUAAUUCUUAUCCUCAUCAAAAUUCUACUUGGAAUUCAAGUCCUCAAGGCAUGUAAUUUUCAAAACCUCCAUCUCAUAGUUUUCAAAAUAUAAAUCCUUCAUCACAAAAUCCUUUAUAUCUUUUAAAAAAAAAUCCAAAAUUUCCAAAACCCAUCUGUUUUUAACUCUAAUUUUCAAAAUCAGAUGUCUCCUUUUCAAAAUCAAAUACCUUUUCAAAUUGUCUCAUAUCCUCAAAACCAUUUUCCACAUCCUAUGCACAAUAGAGUGCCCUUAGGAGCUCUAUCUCAUGUUCCUAAUAUCCAUUUAGAGGAGAUUGUUAAUUAUUUGAAGGAUCAAUUACAACAGCAACAACAAGCUAUGGCACAAUUAAUGGCCCAAAACCAACAAAUAUUGCAAAUAUUUCAGAGGUCAAACAAUCAAGAGAGUCAACCAAAUGAGGUAAACCCUAGAGGGCAACUCCUUAGUCAAGCCAUAACUAAUCCUAAGAAUUAUCCUCCUGGUUUUACACAUUCUAUCCCUACCGCCUCCAUGAUUAGUGGUCAAGGCCCUAGUACUAGCCAAGGAUCUCAAAUAGAAGAGAUUAAGGAGGUGAUGAGACUUAGGAAUGGUAAGUUGAUACUCAAAGCCAUUAGGAUGCCUUCAAGUGAUCCAAGCUUACCUAAAUUAGGGAUGAUGUGCAGGAGAAAGAAAACAUUAUUUCUGAUCAAGAAAAUGAAAUUAGAGAUAGAGAGAAUGAGGAAGAAAAGAAGAAAGGAAAAUCCAUCUUGAAGGAGCUUGGUGAGAGUGGAGAAAAAGAGAACGAAAAGAGAUAGAGCUAUCUAAAAAGACCCAAGCUUAUAGUUCACCUAUUCCUAUUCCUUUUCCUUCAGCUCUUUUUCCUCACUUAAAAGAUAAAAAGAAGCAUAUUGAUGAGCAUGAAUUACAAGAAUUAUUUUCUAAAGUUCAAAUUUAAAUCCCUUUGGUUAAUGCUAUUCGACAUGUUCCAUCUUAUGCUAAAUUUUUGAAAUAUCUUUGUACUCCAAAUAGAGAAAGCUAGAAAAUUAACCUCACUUGGGAUUAGCGCUAUGAUUUUAAAUGAAGUUCCCAAGAAAAGAAAAGAUCCAAGGGCUCACUUGUCUCUUGUUGCAUUAAGAAAAGGUAUGACUUUCAACAAGGCUUUACUAGAUUUGGGUGUGAGUGUGAACCUCCUUCCAACUUGCCUUUUUGAAAAAAUUGAUUUAGGAGAAUUAAAACCCAUUGGUACUAUUCUCUCUUUAGGGGACAGAUCUAUUAGAUAUCCUAAAGGAUUAAUUGAGGAUUUUAUAAUCAAUAUCGAAGGAUGCUAUUUUCUAGUUGAUUUUUUAGUUCUGGAUAUGAUGCCACCUGAAAAUUCUAAAGAAUCAGCUAUUAUUUUGGGACGUCCCUUUUUACCUACAGCUAGUGCUAAUAUAAAUUGUGCCACUAGAAUAGUAGAUAUUUAUGGUGGUGGUCAUCAUAUUUUAUUAAAUGUAUUUAAGGCAGCUAGGUUUGCUAAGGAAGAAGAUGAAGGAGAAGAGUAUGAUGUAGUUGAUUGAAUCGUUGAGAAGUUAUGUAUGUUUGAUACUUCUUCUGAAAAUUUAUCUCCUACUUUGCAAGAAAUAUUUGAAAAUCCUUCACAUGAACCUAUUGUUUUACCUUUGAAUGCUCACAAUAAUUUAGACCUUAAACCUCUUCCAAAAAACUUGAACUAUAUAUAUUUUUAGGAGCUAAUGAUACUAUGCCUGUUAUUAUUGCAUCUCAUUUAACUUUUGAUGAAGAAUCAAAAUUACUUUCUGUUUUAAAGAAUAUAAAUGUGCCUUAGGAUGGCAUAUGAGUGAUUUAUAAGGUAUUAGUCCUGAUAUAUGCAUGCAUAAUUUUUUUUGAAUGAAAAUAUUAAACCUACACAUGAGUGUCAAAGGUGACUAAAUCUAAAUAUGAUGGAAGUAGUUAAAAAUAAAAUUAUUCAAUAGUUAGAGGAUCAUUUUAUUUACCCUAUUUCCGAUAGCCAAUAGGUUAGUCCCAUUCAUGUUGUGCCAAAAAUAUCAGGCCUAACCAUAUCAACUAAUGAGCAUGGUGAAGAAAUAAAAAUUAGAUUCCCUACUAAAUGGUGGGUAUGCAUUGAUUAUAGGAAGUUAAAUUUAGCCACUAAAAAAGAUUAUUUUCCUUUGCCUUUUAUUGAUCAAGUUCUUAAAAAGUUGGCUGGAAAACAUAUUUUUCUUUUCUUGAUGGAUAUUCAAGGUAUAAUCAAUUAGCGCCCACCCUAAUGAUCAAGAGAAGACUAUUUUCACUUGUUCUUUUGGUACAUUUGCAUUUACAAAGAUGCCUUUUGGAUUAUGUAAUGCUCUAAUCACUUUUCAAAGAUGCAUGAUGUCUUUAUUCUCUGAUAUGCUAAGUGAUUUUUAA